CGUAUAUGUUUCGUAAUAGCUUUGCGUGGGAUAAAAAUAAUUUAAAAGUGAUUGUUAAGUUGCAACGUAUGUUUGAUUGUUGUGUUGCCUGUUAAAGUAGGAGUAAAGCAAUAUAUUUAGUAGUUAGAAAAUGGCAUCUGGUGGCAUGGCGGUGAUAAAAUUUUUGUUGUUCGCUUUUAAUUUCUUGUUUUUAGUUUCUGGCAUUGGUCUCAUAGUAGUAGGAGCAUUGUCUUUAAAAAACAUCACAAAGUAUGCAGAUUUCAUGGUUGACAAUAAUACAACUUCACCUACCAUGCUUAUCAUAGUUGGUUCCAUUGUUUUUGUCCUUGCCUUCCUUGGAUGUUGUGGUGCCUGGAAAGAAAACUAUUGUAUGCUAAUGACAUUUGCUGUUUUGCUUUUCAUCAUAUUUGCCGUGGAGCUAGCAGCAGGUAUAGCAGCCUAUGUUUACAGAAAAGAUGUAGAAAAAGCAAUCAAGGAAGGGAUGCAAGAUGACUUAAAAAAAAAUGCAACUGAAAAUGAUUGGGAUAAGAUUCAAACAGAGUUGAAAUGUUGUGGUGCUGUGAAUGCUUCUGAUUGGAGUCAUCAAUAUCCUGAUGGCAAUCUUCCACCUUCUUGCUGUGAUGCCAAAGCUGAGAACUGCACGAUUUCAGAUGAUAAUUGGCAUAAACAAGGAUGUAUUGAAGCUUUGAAAGACUUUCUUGAAGAUAAAGUAUACAUCUUGGGAGGUGUUGGAGUUGGGAUAGCCUUUAUUCAGCUCCUUGGAAUCACUUUUGCUUGUUGCCUGGCAUGUGAUAAAGAUAAAAGAUAUUAAUCUGUUUUUUCUGUUUGCUGAGACAUGACUUUACAUGGAGGGGGAGAAAUCAUCUUAUCUUUUUAAUACAAGUCUUUUUUUUUUUUUCCUCUUAAAUUCAUAGUACAUCGAAUGUCUUUACAAAUGUUUAAUGAAAAAUCAAGAGAGAGGCUCUAAAGAAUUAGUUCUUAUUGAAUUGAAACAACUAGAAUUAUCUCUGUAAAAUAUUAAAUAUUUGAAGUUAAGGACAAAGCAAAAUAUUAGUAACUUGAUUUCAAAAUCUUUAAAAGAAUUGAAGUAACUAUGAAACAACUGGUAAUUAGAAUAGGCAGUUUACUUAUAAAAAAAAUUUCAUUAUUAAACACUUUGUUCAGUCACUGUACUCAGUAAAAUAUUAAUAUGUGGGAAGAAGAUUAUGUAGUCAGAACAGAAUUUUCUUGUUAUUUGCAUGAUUUAAUUAUUGCUAAGGUAGUGUUGUACAAAACAUUUUGGUAUGAUCACAAAUGAUGUUAAUAUAGCAGUGAUGAGUAACAAUUGUGGUUUUAUAAACUUACAACAAAGUUUUCAAUUCAGUUUCUAGAAUAAAUGAUUCUAAUGAAACUUGUUUAACUUCUGCAAAAAUAAUUUUAGGUUCAAGACUUCAUGAAUAGAUUUAAUGACUUGUGUUGAUGAAUCACCAGAGAUUAUCUUCUUCGGGUAUUUCUUUAUUGCUUUAAGUACCUUGACCAUGCAUAAACUCAAAUGUAUAUAAAUAUAUACAUUUUUCAUAAUUUGACUUGCGUUUCUUGAAUAAAUCUUCACAGCACAUUGUGUUAAUAUAUACAGUACAUUUACUGGUGAAUUCCACUAUUUUCAAGAAUAAUUAUUCUUUUUAAUCACAGUUUUUGUGUGUUUAUUUUAUUAUUUGGUUCACAGCACCUGUAUAGGAUAAUUCGGAACUUGUCUUGAUAAAACCUAAUAAUUGUAAUUCAAAACAAUUAAAACAAAAUAAUGUUUUAUUUUAUGAAUGAUGUGUUAUUUACAAAUUCUUCAAUUUCAACAUCAAGAUUUAUUUUUUUAAGUACCUACCAAUAUUAUUAUUUGGCAAUGAUUUGUUAAUUUCUUCUUUAAAGGCCAGUAACACU